AUGUCGGUGUUAGAAGAAAGCCGGCCGUUUGCUCAACAGCUAUCUAAUGUCUAUUUUACGAUACUCUCCCUUUUCUGUUUUAAACUUUUCGUGAAAAUCAGCCUUGCCAUCCUCAGUCAUUUCUACAUCGUGAAAGGCAACAGAAAGGAAGCCGCGAGGAUAGCAGCUGAGUUUUAUGGAGUAAGCCAAGGACAAGGAUCCUGGGCAGAUCGAUCACCACUGCACGAAGCUGCAAGCCAAGGUCGUCUUCUUGCUCUGAGGACAUUGCUAUCACAAGGUUAUAAUGUAAAUGCAGUAACCAUAGACCAUGUAACUCCACUCCAUGAGGCCUGCCUGGGUGACCAUGUGGCAUGUGCAAGGACUCUCCUGGAAGCUGGAGCUAAUGCAAACGCGAUCACAAUAGAUGGCGUGACUCCCUUGUUCAACGCAUGCUCACAAGGCAGCACAAGCUGUGCAGAGCUCCUUUUGGAGUAUGGUGCCAAAGCCCAACUGGAGUCCUGUUUUCCAUCUCCAACACAUGAGGCUGCCAGUAAAGGUCACCAUGAAUGUCUCGACAUUUUGAUAGCCUGGGGCAUAGAUGUUGACCAAGACAUUCCUCACUUGGGGACUCCUCUUUAUGUAGCUUGUAUGUCACAGCAGUUCCAUUGCGUCUGGAAGCUUCUUUAUGCUGGUGCCGAUGUGCACAGAGGCAAGUACUGGGACACGCCCCUGCAUGCCGCUGCUCAGCAGCCCAGUACCGAAGUUGUGAACUUACUGCUAGAAUUUGGAGCGGACAUCCACGCCAAGAACACAGAACUUUUGCGGCCUGUCGACUUGGCUACAUCUAACAGUGCUGUAGAAAGAGUACUUCUUCAACAUGAAGCUACUCCAAGCUCUCUUUGCCAACUGUGCCGACUUUGCAUCCGCAACUACAUAGGAAGACAAAGGUUUCAUCUUAUCCCUCAGCUCCAGUUACCGACAUUGCUGCAGAAUUUCUUACAAUAUCGAUAACAUAGUAAAU